AAUUUGGUUCGGACAAAAUUGGCCACAGCAACAACAAAUUUCGUUUUGGUGUAAGCAGCUGACGCAUUCCGAUUUGGUUAUCGGAACGUUGGCAAGUAAUAAAUUUUUGCGUAUAACAGCACAAAUGUGCAUGUAACAGCUCAGACUGUGCUUGUAACAUGCGCUUAACAGAACAUCUGGGUGAGCACAGCUGUUUCCCGCCCAAUUUAAUUCGGACUUCAAAAUGUAAGUGCAGCAAAUUAAUUUUUUAUUUCAAAAUUACCGCUUUGUUCUUUAUAUCCAGGGGAAAGCAUAAAUCAUCUCUUCAAGAUGAAAUCCUGGUGGGUUUUAUGAAAGACAACCCGGACUUGGCAAAAGGAUUUGUGAAGGGCGACCGAGUUGUUGUCGAUGCCAAGUGGGCAGAGCUUUGCGGCGCUCUCAAUGCUGUUGGGCCGCCAAUCAAGGACGCAUUGGGUUGGAAAAAGGUUUGGGCAGAUUGGAAAACAAACAUCCGCAAGAUGGCGAAAAACAAAUCAGAAACUCGAGCUACAGGUGGAGGGCCCUUCGCUCAGCAAUCGCUUGGGGAAUUGGAGGAGGAAGUGGCCAAGCUAUGUGGCCUCUACGAAAUGGUGGAAGGAGUAGGUGGGCCAGCGUAUGGACUUCCCCCCCGUACGACCAAGGAGGCCGACACUGGGGUUAAGUGCGUGAUGGAAGACCCCAUUGAGGAGGAACCCUCAGAGAAGGACGAACCCUCAGAGAAGGAGGAGCCCAUGCCGAUGCUCCGGCGAACUAGACCAGCGCAGACCAUGGACCUCAACGAUCUCUGCGCUGCUCAGCUGGAUGAAAUGUCGGCCAUUUCCAAGAAAAUUUCGGAACAUUUCGAACGAAUGGAAUCGUUAGAGAAGGAGAAGCUCGAGGUCCAAAAGGCGAUUGUAGACAAAUUUGGACAAAUUUGCGAAAUAAUUAGUUUCCUAUUAGUUUUUUUGUGAAACUUAGCUUUAUUAGUUAUAAAGAAUAUCGAAUGACAUAAAGAAGAAAACAUGAAAAA